UAUGUUACCUUCUGUGUCUUGUAUGAAAUAAAACCUAUUGGCUUCAUUGUCUGUUUCCGUGCACAGCGACAGUGAGCAGCCACCCAAACAAAGAACUUGUUAUUUUGUUCCCCUUUCCCUCAAUCCCCUUCCAGAGCCGUGUGUAAGUGAGAGUGAAGCGAAGUCUAGUCUUUGAAAUGUGCGAGUAGAAUUUAUGUCAGGGGCGGCCAAAGUUUUCUUUUUGCAGGUCGGUCUCAAAAUCUGAACAAUGAGGCGGGCAGGUAAAAAAAAAACCAGGCCAGGUAAUUACACAACACACCUAGUGAUAAUAGAAUGGAGAACAAAUGAGUACAUAAUGGCCUUCACUUACAGAAUGUAUUGUGUAAAGUGAAGCUGUUUGAAUUCGCUCACAAUAAAACUUUAAACCAGUCUUACCUUUGAAGGCACCACCCCGAUGUUCUUUGACGACUCCACCCGACACGUCGGCCAUGUUGUUUUGUAUCUUUGUACUUUGUGUUAGAAUGUGACAGAUUGCUAAUUUCAAAUAUGCUGAACUUAAUAAAUUAAAUUUCAAUGUAAUUAACCUAGGGGAUAACAAAAGUGAACUCCACAUUUUAGUAGACGGGCCGAUCCCAAGACAUCUGCAAAAAAAAACUAUGCCCACCCCUGAUGUAUGUGCUUGUUUGUGUUCAUUUGUGUAGACUACAUUGCCAGGAAUAUGACAGAACACAGAAUGUGGAGAAAGUAAUAGUCGGGGUGGAGAGACAGGUUGUAAGUGUAGACAGGAAAACACGCAGCCUGUCCAUCAGAUGCAGGGCCAGAGACAGAGAAUGAGUGACGGCCGAACCUCUCAGUCUGAUACACGGGACAGAGAGAAACCCUGGGUGGGCAGAGCCAACUCACCUGGUUACACAUUGAUUGGGGCGAGGCCAUGAAUAAUACCCGGGCAAAGCAUGACGGUCUUGAACUCCAUGCGAGCCCAGACUUGCGGUCAAUGAAUCAAACAGAAGUGGUGUGACAUCAUCAUCAUUGUGAUUGCGGAAAUAUUGCCAACAGCCAUAUACAUAAAAUGAUGAUCAGCAGCACAAGUAGGACAACACGAAUCUGUCUUUUCAUAGUUCCAACACUUGUGACGGUUGCACUCGUGUACACGUUCGUUCCACUGCGAUACAUCAUCGAGUCUCCACCUCCAUCUUUGCCUCCGUAUGCACCUGCAUAUGCACCUCUACCUCCAUGUGAAGAAAAGGCCGGCAUGGACGUGUGUGUUGCAUGGAGAAGUUAUGCAAGAAAAUGCUCACCGAUUCCAUGGUGGGGUAUUAUCUGCGACAUGGAAAGCGACUGGUCCACGACAGAUUUUAGCUGUAAAGACAAGCGAAUGAUGAGCAACUGGCCCGUGUGCUUCGACAACAACCUGGUGCCCUCCACCGGAUGCAUCGUGUACUCUUUUGGAAUAGACUACGAUUUUCGCUUCGAUGAUGCCAUGGCAAAUGUGGGGUGUACAGUCUAUUCCUUCGACCCCAGCAUGAUGGACACACAGGACCACAAGCGCGGGGACCGUGUUUUCUUCAAGCGCAUUGGCAUCAGCGAUAAGGACGACGACCACUACAUGCCUCAUAUAGAUGAUUAUGUGAGGAGACGGAAGGCUCCCAACGGUUGGCAAAUGAAACGCCUUCAGUCCAUCCUAGACCAGCUUGGACACAAAAAGGAACAACUGACCGUGCUCAAGAUGGACAUCGAAGGCUAUGAAUGGAAUGUCACACAAGACCUCAUCACUUCAUCGAUAUUGCAGUCCAUUCCCCAGCUUCUCAUCGAAUGGCAUAUAUUCGAGGAUUUCCCAACUCGUCAACAAGUCCCUGCUGCAGCGGAUACCUACUUCGGGGUCAAGGAGAUUGGUUUCCGGAUGUUUGCCACAGGGGGCUAUGUUAGGACUCACUCUCCAGUUUCAGCUUUGAGAACACAGGCAGAAGUUGGAUACGUGAAUACAAAACGGAAAUAAUCAGCUUUGCUCUUGUAUUGUUACAGACAUUGGUAUUUCAAUUGUUUUACAUUGUGGAAAUCAAUUUAGCUUGUACAUACAAACUGUUUCUGUCGAUGGUGUGUAAGAUUUGUUAUCCUCCAUGCAACUGUUGUAUCCAGCUAAGCCUUGUGUCCCCUUCUUUGUAUCCUUUUUGAAUUUAACUGACAUCAUAAAUGCUUCCCUCAUGUCUGGACACUUUCCCCUUGAGAUCAUCCACUCGUUUAUAAAGAAACCAUCUGAUUAAGAUAUUACAGAAAUGUUUCAAACCUAUCCUUCUGUCCAAAAUUCUGGAAAAGAUUAGUUUUUAUCAGCUUAUUGUACAUGUGGAGCAAAAUCAUCUUCAUCCAUUCCAGUCGGCUUACAGAAAACACAAUAGUUUAAAAUUGAGUUUUAAUCUGUCAUCAACAGGACUGGCACAAUAAAGUCACCAGUGACAUGUUUCUCUGUAUAUUCUUCUUUUGAAACGGCUAAUUCGCAUAGUCCAUAUCUCUCUGACCUCAGAAAUAUAGGUUUCAGAUACACCUUUGAUUCAGAUUAGGUAUAACGACUUUCAGUGUAAUAAAUGUUUGUACUGUAAACAA